AUGGGCUCCCUUGAUCCCACAGCUACUUCAGAAGCCGUCAUAAUGCACCAUCCGCUGACCAAAGUUUCAACCCACCAGGCUUUCGAGAACACCUCUACCAAUGUUGCUGCAAGCCAGAUGCGCAAUGCACUCAACAACCUCGCCGAGUCCUGCAACGAUCCCGCCGAGAAGAAGCGGUUCGAGGCUGAGAUGGACAACUUCUUUGCUCUCUUCCGCAGAUAUCUGAAUGACAAGGCCAAGGGCAACUCAAUCGACUGGAGCAAGAUCAACCCUCCUGCACCAGAGCAGGUCGUCAACUAUGACAAACUUCCCAACAGGGAGAAAGGUGCCGGAGACCGCCCAACGAUGGCCGCGGCAGCAGACACCACCAUGCCUUUAUCAACAGCACCUGCACACAAAGCAACUCAAGACUCAACUUCGAUACCAGUAACAGCAGCGUCAACCUCACUCUCACCCACCACCACAUCCGGGGCCUCAGAAGGAACAUUCAACCUCCUCCUCUUCGCCUCCGCCUCCACGUUCUGCAACAACCUCGAAUCUCUCUCCCUCCCCGCACCCACCACCCUCCCACAACUCUUCAACACGCUAGAGUCCCACUUUCCGGGGAUCAAGAAGAAAGUGCUGCGCAGUAGUGCCAUCACGGUGAAUCUGGAGUAUGUUGAUUUCGAGGUUGAUUCCGAGGGAAGUGUUACGAAGGUAGGGGGAGUGGAAGGAAAAGAGGAUGGCGAUGUUGUGAUCAGGAGAGGGGAUGAGGUUGGGGUUGUGCCGCCUGUUAGUAGUGGCUAG